UGAGGAUCACGGGCAAAAGAGGCCUUUGCGAAAGCUCUUCGGAUUGGAAAGGUCAAGGUACACCUUGGUCGAAUAAUGUUUAUCGGCCAGGAUCGCGCAGGAAAGACAAGUCUGAAGAAAUCCAUUCUUGGUUUACCCUUUGAUCGUAAUGAGCAGAGUACUGUGGGAAUCGAAGUGAAACCCUCGUUAUUUGAAAUUGAUGUUGAUCAGGUAAAGAACUGGCAGCCCACUGAGGAGAAAGGCUUCUCGUCUCAGUUUGCCAAGGAGGUGGCAAAAAUAGCAGCUUCAGAAUUACAGAAAGACAAUGGCAAACCAAAGGUUAAUUUAAAAACUCAAGAGGAACUAAAGAAGAGGAGAUCGAGUCAGGUCCUUGUUGUGGAACAGUCAAAGAGGACUUCAAACAAUUCCAUGCCAUCAAUGAAGAUGAAAGAACCUGCUGAAACAAAGAAAGAUCGUAAUCACCGCGCGGAUAUUAGACGUCGAGAAACUCCCAUCUUAACGACCACUUCUGCAGUAAACCACACGAGAAAAACCGAUCUCGUCCAUCAUCAAGCCCAUGAGAUCGACCCCAACUCCCCUCCAAUGGAAUUCACGGAAUACCUUGUUCAGUACCAGAAAGAUUUAAAUCUGCAAAGCGACAGCUUAUCGAUAGAACUAGUGGUAGAUCUUGAUUUAUGGGACUUUGCCGGUCAACAUCUUUACUAUGCCUCCCAUCCAGUAUUUUUUUUCCCAUCAAGCAAUCUAUUUAUUGGUGUGUAAUCUUAGCAAAGAACUAGACGGCGAAGCUGAGCCCUGUUUCAGAUAAGGUCUCGUGGAAAACCGUUUGGAAAACCCAAAUGGAGAAACAAACCUUGAAAAUAUGCUGUCUUGGCUGGUUUCAGUCGAUGCCGUCAGUCCAACAAAAUACGGAAAAAAAAGAGGAAGAGGUUCCAUACGUGCGACCCCCAGUUCAACUUGUUGGAGCACAUGCUGACCAACCUGUUCAAGACAUCGACAAAAUGAAGUUGCAAAUUCAGAAGGAACUUCUUGCAAAAGUGUACGAACGACACGUGAUUGCCCAGUUUUUCUCCAUAGAUAACACGCAAUCAUCAUCAGAUGCUUCAGUUAAAAAUCUACGGACGGAAAUACUAAAAGUGUUGAAUACGGAACCUUACUUUGGAGAGGAGACACCCGUAAGUGUUGAAUGCGGAACCUUACUUUGGAGAGGAGAUACCCGUAAGUGUUGAAUACGGAACCUUACUUUGGAGAGGAGAUACCCGUAAGAUGGUUCAGGUUUGAGAAAGUGGUUCAAGCUUUGACUGCCAAGAAUGAGUUUUACUUGAACUAUGAAGCUCUACAAGUCGUUGUCAAGAAGGUAGGCAUUGUUAAAGACGAGGCUGAACUUGCUGUAAUGCUGAAUUUCUAUCAUGAUCUUGGUAUGAUAGUAAAACAUGGGAGCACAGUGGUAUUAAAGGCUCAGUGGUUGAUUGACUUAUUCAAGAGGCUGAUCACCAUUCCCCGAUACGAGGAUUUGGGUCGUGAUUGCAAGAAUGUCACCGAAUGGAAAAUUUUAGAAGAAACAGGAAUCCUCCACAUGGAACUCGUUCGUCUUGUAUUUUCUGACUUUAUUAAGGAGGAUUCUGUCACCGAGAAGGACAUCCUUGACUUGAUGGAGCAGUUUGGCCUAAUCGCCAAGUUUGCAACAUCUACCGAUUUCAAGUACUUUGUGCCAGCUCAACUUAAAACGUCUCCUAAGCAUCUUUACGAAAUGAAACCAGAGCCCUUUCAUCCGUGUCCGUUAUAUAUCGACUUUUUGAAUGGUUUUGUUCCUCAUGGAAUUUACUACCAACUAGUCUCACGUUGUAUUCGUUGGUGCUCAGAAUAUGGAUGCCAGGAGCAACCUUCCCUGUUUAAUGGUGGAGCAAGUUUCUUUAUUAGCAAACAAGAUGUUUAUCAGUUAAUCCUUCUUUGCCAAAAGAGGUUCAUCAAGAUUGUAUUGACUCACAGAAAACCAUCCAAACAAGAGUACUUAACUGAACAAAGUCAAGUCGCAAGUGAUUUGCUCAGCUUUCUAAAUAGUGCUUUAGAAGGUUUGUCCAAGCAAAUUCCGUGGCAAGGUAAUCUAAGAUACGAGUUGCGUGUCGCUUGCCCUUUUUGCCCGUUACGGAAAAUUAAGUGUCACGACCAUGGCUAUGUAUCCUGUCCUCAUGAAAACUGUUUCUGCCUUCUGAAAAUGGCACCAGAAGAAAAACUGAUUUGUCCAAGAAGCAUUUGUAAUGAGAUACCCUCGGUUUCAGGACUGGGGAAGUGGUUCCCUUGGGAACAUCUUAAGGCACAUCAAAAAAAGAGGGAAUUUUCAGGUGAGAGCGUUUCACCUCAAAAAGGAGGCAAUGCUAAAAGGCUGAGGGACCAUGAGCUCACCAGCUCAGUUAAACAAGGUACCCCUACAGGAGAGGAAUUGGAGAAAAUAGGCUCAGAAAUUGCUGAAAAGUGGAUGAUUCUAGGGCGCCGCCUGGGUGUCAAUGAUUCAAAACUAAAGGAUAUAGAGCAAGCAGACACGUCUCUCUGUGAGAGAGCGUAUCAGAUGUUACUCCACUGGAAACAAAAAGAAAGUUCUGAUGCCACUUACCAAGUUUUAUCAUGUGCAUUACGGCAUAAACUCGUGCAGCGCACAGAUUUGGCAGAAAAAUUUUAUCAGACCGACGUGACUUCAAGUGAGAGGAGAGUGGAAAAUGGCGGCCAUAUUUGCCAAGGAGAACGCUGAGGAUGAUGAAGUUGCGAACGCUUAGCCGUGACUUGUCAAAUUAAUGAAUGACGGUGAUUCUUCAUUGUACUUUAUCGUAACUUAUGCAUUUUCCUCAUUUAUCUUAACGUAAAUCGUGAAGCAACGUAAUAAGAUGAAAUGCCAAGACGGUCGAUACUUUGGGGUGUUGUAGAAUGUAUUUUUUCAUCAAAACAAAACAGGGAGACGGUGGUGAAUACUAUGGGAAAAUUCAUGAUUUCUAAUCGAUAUGAAAUUGAGUGACGAGUUUAGUAGUGUACAGUUGAAAUAAAGGUUCUUGUAAUUUUAUCGCUCCCAAAUGAAAUCCCCCACCCCUCCCGUCCACCUUCCUCGAGUUUGCUGUUCCUUAACCCUAUUUCAAGAAGACAGUUUUAAACUUUUUUCUGCGAUAUAUAUCCAUUCUCUUUCAAGGAAAAUUACAGUGGACUAUUUCUCAAACUCAUGUAACGUGUCCACGCCUUCCUAUUGAAGCUACACAGAAAGAACGUUAGUAGAAUAUUAGCGUCUAUUUUGUGGUCCAGACAUGCUUCAGCUUUCUGAGCAGUAGUCAUCUAGCUUAACACAAGACAAUCAGAGGAUGUGAUUUAGGACAAACGCACCAAACCAACUGAAAAUUAUUAGGUCAAGAGGACUUUGGGCAUGAAGAGAGAUGGAAGAGAGCGGAGAUUUUGUUUAAAAAAUAACAAAGAGGGAUUAAGUUAAAAUCCUCUUUGCACGACCCAGGUAGCCUACUAACUCGGCGUGGAUUCACCGCAAAGGGAAGAGUGUCAUGCAACGAUUUAUCCGGCAGCCAAAAACUGCAAUUUAGCUGUGACGAGUAGGCUUAAACCAGAAGCCAAGCGAAGUUUGAGCUCCGCACGUAAAUAUCUGAACUGAAGCGAAUACUCAAUGAUUGUAAACAUAUUUGCAAUCCAAAUAAAUAAUUCGUAGAGUUU